CCGCGCGGCCCCGUUCGCGCAGUCGUCUGGGCGAGCGAAGAUGGCGGCCGAGAGGGAGCCUCCUCCGCUAGGGGACGGGAAGCCCACCGACUUUGAGGAGCUGGAGGACGGCGAGGACCUGUUCACCAGCACGGUGUCCACCCUGGAGUCAAGCCCAUCGUCUCCAGAACCAGCUAGUCUUCCAGCAGAAGAUGUUACUGCAAACUCCAAUGGCCCCAAACCUGCAGAAGUUGUGCUAGAGGAUGACAGAGAAGAUCUCUUUGCAGAAGCCACAGAAGAAGUGUCUUUGGACAGCCCUGAAAGGGAACCUAUCCUCUCCUCAGAGCCUUCUCCCGCAGUCACCCCUGUCACUCCGACUGCGCUCAUUGCUCCUAGGAUUGAGUCGAAGAGUAUGUCUGCUCCAGUGAUCUUUGAUAGAUCCAGGGAGGAGAUUGAAGAAGAAGCAAAUGGAGAUAUUUUUGAUAUAGAAAUCGGCGUGUCAGAUCCAGAGAAAGUUGGUGAUGGCAUGAAUGCUUACAUGGCAUACAGAGUAACAACAAAGACUUCUCUUUCCAUGUUCAGUAAGAGUGAAUUUUCAGUUAAAAGAAGAUUCAGUGACUUUCUCGGUUUACACAGCAAAUUAGCAAGCAAGUAUUUACACGUCGGGUAUAUUGUGCCACCAGCUCCCGAAAAGAGCAUAGUAGGUAUGACCAAGGUCAAAGUGGGUAAAGAAGACUCAUCAUCCACAGAGUUUGUGGAAAAACGGAGAGCAGCUCUUGAAAGAUACCUUCAAAGAACAGUAAAACAUCCAACUUUACUACAGGAUCCUGAUUUAAGGCAGUUCUUGGAAAGUUCAGAGCUGCCGAGAGCAGUUAAUACUCAGGCUCUGAGUGGAGCGGGAAUAUUGAGGAUGGUGACCAAGGCCGCCGACGCUGUCAACAAGAUGACCAUCAAGAUGAAUGAAUCGGAUGCAUGGUUUGAGGAAAAGCAGCAGCAGUUUGAGAAUCUGGAUCAGCAACUUAGGAAACUUCAUGCCAGUGUUGAAGCCUUGGUCUGUCACAGAAAAGAACUUUCAGCCAACACAGCUGCGUUUGCUAAGAGCGCUGCCAUGUUGGGAAAUUCUGAGGACCACACGGCUUUAUCUAGAGCUUUGUCUCAGCUUGCCGAGGUCGAGGAGAAGAUAGACCAGUUACAUCAAGAACAAGCCUUUGCUGACUUUUACAUGUUUUCAGAACUGCUUAGUGACUACAUUCGUCUUAUCGCGGCAGUGAAGGGUGUAUUUGACCAUCGGAUGAAGUGCUGGCAGAAAUGGGAAGAUGCUCAAAUUACUUUGCUCAAAAAACGUGAAACUGAGGCCAAAAUGAUGGUUGCAAACAAACCAGAUAAAAUACAGCAAGCGAAAAACGAGAUAAGAGAGUGGGAAGCAAAAGUACAACAAGGAGAAAGAGAUUUUGAACAGAUCUCUAAAACGAUUCGAAAAGAAGUAGGAAGAUUUGAGAAAGAAAGAGUAAAGGAUUUUAAAACUGUUAUCAUCAAGUACUUAGAAUCAUUAGUACAAACGCAGCAACAGCUGAUAAAAUAUUGGGAGGCAUUUCUUCCUGAAGCCAAAGCCAUUGCCUAGCAGGAAACUGAUUCCUGCUAAGAAAACUUUGGAUGUGUGUUUCAGUUAUGCUGAAUUCCACAGUGAAAUCAUUUAAAACCAUCUAAAUAAACCACUAUAUAUUUUAUUAAUUACAUGUGGUUUUUUAUAUACAUAUACUCUGACAUUUUAUUACAAGCUGCAUGUCCUGACCCUCUUGGAAUUAAGUGGACUGUGGCAUGACAUUCUGCAAUACUUUGCUGAAUUGAACACUAUUGUGUCUUAAAUACUUGCACUAAAAAGUGCUCUGCAAGGCGAGAAAAUUUUACAAUAUUUUUUCUUUACAAUAUGUUCUGUAGUAAGUUUACCCUCUUUAUGAAGUGAAUUAUCAAUGCAUUGAUUAAUGUUCACUUAUACAUUCCUGUACAGAAAUUAUGAUUUUGUGAUUACAGUAAUAAAAUGAUAUUCCUUGUGAAAUAUUAGUAACACAUUAUUUGAGUAUGUAAAUGUAGUAGGGAUCUUUUCAUAGCAUUUUAAAAGCAUUUUCUUCUGGAUAUAUAUAAAAGUGAUACUGUGAUUCCUUACAUAUUUUGAUUGACAGGAAGAGCUGAACUCUUAUAUUUUACAUGAAUAAAUGAAGCUUAAGUUUUCUUACAAAAUCAUCAUAUACCAAAGAAUAUGUAUUUCUUGAUUGUCUUAGGUAAACAAAAGAAUAAUUGUUUUUGUUUUUAUUCAUACCUAUUUGAAGUGCCCGAUUUAAAAAUUAGAGGGAAAAAUGUAUUUAUGUGCUUCUGUUACAAGUCCCAUGGAUUUUGCUUCUCUUCUGUUGUUAUCUUCAAAAUCUAAGACUGCAUAGAUUUAUUUUUUCCCUUUUUUUUGGUUUCAAACUAAAAUUAGAUCAACUAUUAUCAUAAUUGACCAGGAAUGAGACAGUGUGAUUGGAUGAAUAACCAAAGACAGCACAAAGUGAACUGGAAGUAAAAUGAAAUGUAAUUUGUCA